CGCGCGUGCACGCGCCGCCCAGCCUGGUCUCCGCCCCCAGGCGCGCCGAGCUCCCGGGUUCCCAGCACCACACCAUGUGCUCGUUAGCGCCAGGCGCCACCGGCGGCCGGGGCGCUGUGGAGGACGAGGAGGACCUGCCAGAACUGUCGGACAGCGGUGAUGAGGCGGCCUGGGAAGAUGAGGACGAGGCCGAUCUCCCCCAAGACAAGCAGCAGACCCCCUGCCUGUUCUGUGACAGGUUAUUCAUAUCUGCUGAAGAAACAUUUUCACACUGUAAGUCUGAGCAUCACUUUAAUAUUGAUAGCAUGGUUCAUAAACAUGGACUUGAAUUUUAUGGAUACAUUAAACUAAUAAAUUUUAUUAGACUUAAGAAUCCUACAGUUGAGUAUAUGAAUUCCAUAUACAACCCAGUGCCUUGGGAGAAAGAAGAGUAUUUGAAGCCAGUAUUAGAAGAUGACCUUUUACUUCAAUUUGAUGUAGAAGAUCUUUAUGAUCCGGUGUCUGUACCAUUCUCAUACCCCAAUGGACUCAGUGAAAAUAGGUCUGUUGUUGAAAAAUUGAAAUACAUGGAAACCAGGGCACUGUCCGCUGAAGCUGCGUUAGCCAGAGCUCGUGAGGAUCUACAAAGAAUGAAACAAUUCGCUCAGGAUUUUGUGAUGAACGCAGAUGUCAGAACCUGCUCAUCAUCGAGUGCCAUUGCGGACCUCCAGGAGGAUGAGGAUGGUGUUUAUUUCAGCUCAUACGGGCAUUAUGGGAUUCACGAAGAAAUGCUAAAGGACAAAGUACGAACAGAAAGCUACCGAAAUUUCAUAUACCAAAAUCCACAUAUCUUCAAAGACAAGGUAGUUUUGGAUGUUGGGUGUGGAACUGGAAUUCUCUCUAUGUUUGCUGCUAAAGCUGGAGCAAAGAAGGUUCUUGGAGUUGAUCAAUCUGAAAUACUUUACCAGGCAAUGGAUAUCAUAAGAUUAAACAAACUUGAAGAUACUAUUAUACUAAUUAAAGGAAAGAUUGAAGAAGUUCAUCUUCCUGUAGAAAAAGUGGACGUUAUUAUAUCCGAGUGGAUGGGUUAUUUUCUUCUUUUCGAGUCUAUGUUAGAUUCUGUCCUUUGUGCAAAGAACAAAUACUUGGCAAAAGGAGGAUCGG